ACUUGGCUCAUCUCUUGAUGUUGAAGGUACGUGUAUCUAUCCAGUCAAAAACUGUACCUAGGCUGACUUCCCUAAUGAGUACCAUGUACAUUUCCAGAUGUCCUGCCAUGGUACAGUACUCCACAAUACUCUGAAAACACUGUCAUGGUGGAAAAACAAUGCAGUUAAUUGGAAAAGAUCAUAAACACCACAAAAACGGAAAAUAAUAUUUAGUACUGUUGCAUAUAUGUAUAGUGGGGAUUGUGCACUUUUGGAAUGUUGAGCAGGCUUCUGUUGAAGUCUGUAGAAUACAUGAAAGCCAAUUCCUUUGGUUUCUCUUACAUAACCAUUGCAAAAAAAAGUCCUUUUUUGGAUGGUAAUGCAUGAGAGGAAACAGGACAUAAAAAUGAGCACUAAUGGCUUGUAGAGACAGAGUGCAGGGAAAUUCUCCAAGCCAUAUGUUUCCUCUAGUAUUCAUGGACAAUUAAAUUAAUCAGUGUUUGAAUUCUGGAUGACCAACAGAGGUGAACACAGUACUGAGAGUAUUAUACUAAUUUUGUGCUAAUCAAUGAGCCAAUAGCUUGUCCUUCCUCAUAAGCAGGGCUUGUUUUACAAGCAAUGUGCUCCAUAGUCUUGGUGCUAGAUGAACAGAAAGGAGAGAGAGUAAAAGAGUAAAAAUCCAAAACUUAACCAAACCAGGAAACAGAUGGUAAAGACUAGCUUUAGAGUUGGAGAGCAAAAGAAUUUUCUUCUUGCAUAAAUGUUUCUUUAGUCCAAAUCUUGCAUCCUGUUUUAUUACACUGCCUCCAGGCAGUCUCCACAAAUUGCUCUAUAUCUGCAAUCACAUCCUGAAUAGACCAAGUUAAACCUCUCAUCAGGCUUUAACUUAGAUCUUGAUGAAUUCAGCUCAAACCAUUUUUUUGCAGGUUUUACUUCCCUAGGAGCUUUCCUGCAUUCAUCAUUCAAUUUUUGGAAUAUCUUACACAUGAUCCGAGCAGAAAGGCUUUUGUGCUCAUGCAUUCUCAGAAAUGCCUUUGCCAGCAGGAUUGGUAGCUCAGAGGAGUGUGAAUGUUGGCUUCUGCUUGAGUUUUCUGCACUAAAAUAUUCAUCCCCCAAUUUCCACCAUAUAUCCUAGUGCACCAUCUGAAAAGUGUGAGAUAGAAUUGCUCGUGGGUAAUUGGAAAGAAGUGUUGUGUCCUUUGUCCUGCUGUACAACUGUGGCUUCUUUCUUUGCUGCAGCCUGAGCCUUACUUUGCACAUGCUGUGGUUAUGCAGCACAUGCUCUUUGUGGCUAUCACACAGGAAUGCUUUUGUCUCCUUGCAGGCUGUAAGGUUUUUGUAAUGGACAAGAGCUCUUGAGGAAGCCACUGACUUAACUCAGCAUAUUCUGUGAUUCACUUAAAAUGUAGAAAGAGCACUCCAAAAAACCUCAGUUUGGAGAAUGAAAAAAGAGGGGUCAGGCUAAGCUAAAUGUAUGGGUCUGUGUUGUGUUGAAUGCUGCUGCAGCUGAGUGGCAGCAACUCUGCAAAGAAAGCACCCCACACAACUGCAGCAUGCACACUUGUUUCUAUCACUACAUUUGUAUGAUGCUGGAAUAUGAAACAAGGGCAGUCUUUCAAAGCAGUUAUAUAUAGUUCCACACACCACACUUGAGCUGUAAGAUAUAUUGACAAAAGCAGUCAAGAGCUGCUGUCAGUGUGUAAUUUCACCAAAUUCUGCUGCAUCGGUUUAAAAUAGUAACCUCUCUUUAUCCUGUUGCCUGCACAAUGCAAGUCCCUAACCAUCAGUUUUGUCUUCCUUUAUGAUAGCAACUGCUGGUAAGAUUGUGUCAUUGCCAAGGGAUGAUGUGCAGUGGUCCGAAAACUUAGUUUGGGUUAUUCUGGACUUUGUCCAAAAGUGGAAAAUCAAAUUUAAAAACUAUUACUGCUCCAACAUCACUUAGAGUUGGGAUUUUUUUAAAAAUACAUACUAGAUAUUAAACAGGCAGGAGUUGUCUGUUGCAUUCUUUGCCAGUAGAAGAAAAAAUAAGGAUUACAAACUCAGUGGAGGAAAAAACCCCAGACCUUUGGGUGUCCUCCAGUUCCUGCCAGUGAGAGAAAUGUGUUUGUUUUAGCAUGACAUAGAAUAGAUGUAAACAUUUCUUUUUAAGCCUCCCUGUGUGGUCACCUCAGUUAUUCAGGAUAAUGUAAGCCACUGACUUUCUCCAUUAAGUGGUUAUGGAGUUAUCCAAUAUAUUUUUUUGGGAGACAGUAAAGAUAUUUUAGACAAUUACGUGAUUGAUUAAGAGAGUAUGGAGAUGGAGUAAUUAGGCAUAAAGUAAGUGCCAGAGAGUGCUGAGUUAUAGGGGAAAUCCUUGGGGUCAGUUUGUGAUUGCAGUUGCUGUUUGUUCUCUGGUGAGGGUGAAUGGUCUCCAUCCCAGACAGCAGCCAGGGAAUCAGAGCACAAGAAGUUCAGUUUACUGUGCCAUCUUCAGCUGAGAGGGAUAGUUGCUCUGGCUUUUUUGGUUGUUUCUGACACCCCACACCCUCCUUGGUAAGUGUAGCAGGAGUAGGAAGUGUUGAAAUGUACCUGUGGAGCAAACCUGACCAGAUUCUGAUGGAUCACUGGGCUGUGCUGACUGAUGGUGCUCAGCCACCCCAUGUUCAGAUGUGCUCUGGGAGUGCCUUUGCAGGUGAGGAGCCUCAGACCCUUCUGACCUUUACUUAGAGCUUUUUUUGUUUGGGCAAUAUUUACUGAGAGGCAUACAAGAUGCCACAGUCUAAACUGAGAUUCAUUGUUUUGACAGUGUAUUUAAUGCUUUGGGGUUUUUUUCCCAAGUAACUGCAUGCUUCUCAGUGCUACUUAUUAACGUGUUUUCCUCUUUCAUCCCCCAUUAGCUGUUUUCAGUACCAAUGUUUCUAAUAAAAUCCUCACAUAUUUCCAGUGAAAAUGUUCAUAAUGCCAAGUAGUCACAAAUGAGCCAUAAAAUCUUAAUCUGUAAACUGUAAAAGAGCCCCAACCAAACAAAACUCCAUUAGUAAAACACAAGGAAAAAAACCACAUUUUCUGCCUUGGGAAUAACAACUUCAUGAAUAAUAAUGAAACUAAGGAUUUUCAUCAAGGUAAAAGAUCAGCCAAAUUUAAGUGGCUGCAUCUUGGGUGAUUUGUUUGAUUUUAUUACGUGAUAGUAGAAAGUGAGGGCUGUAGUUCAGGUAUUGUAGAUUCUUGCAGCACAACUGUGGUGUUUAAAUGUGUCUCCACAGAAUGUGACCAAAGGCUUUCUUGGGUGUAACACAAUUUUAACUGAAACUCUCCCACUUUACUGAAUGUCCCAUUGAACAUGCAGAAGUCUUAAUAUUGUCUGGCAUAUUUCUUGACCACUGGUUUCUGGGGGGAAGUUGGUAUAAGUUCCUAUAAGUGAGUAGGAUGAGAGCAAAAUAAAUUAUGUCCUAAAUUAAUUAUUUCCCUUUUCCUAUGUCUUUCCUCUCUGACCUUUUCCUCCUUACAUUAAGGCUAAGGAACUUUCCAAGAAUUUAUUUCACAAACAAACAGCUAUAAAGUCUUUAAUAUUUAUAGCAUAAUCAGUUUGUUUUGAUGUCCGAGAUAGUUUUGAUCAGAGCCUUCCAGCAAAAAUAGUGCUGCCCACAAGACAACAUUUCCAAGUUCUUGAUUCGUGUAAGAAUUCCUCUCUGCUUAAUAAACUGUUGGCUUAGACUCUGCUUUGAAGUUACUUAGACCACCCCAAGCAGUCCUUCAUCCUUUAGGUCCAGACACAUCAGCUUCUUAUCGCUGGAUAGGAAGAAAGGUCUGGUUUUUUUUCUCCUCUUUCUGAGUUUUGUAACACUGGAUUCAUAGUUUGCAUUGGAGAGAUGGGGGUAGACAUCCUGCCCUUCCCUGCCUGCCCUCUCCUGCUGUCUGUGCAGUGGCUGUGUGGGGUGGAGGGACAAGAAGGCACGGGGAAACUCAUCAUCUAAAGCAGCAGCCCCUCUCUUCCCUCUCUCAUGCUCAGGAUAGGAGUGACAGGCCUCCAAAUAAAAGGCUAAUGGGACAAAGUACAUGAUUUGCAAAGCUGGUUUUCCUGUGUAAGUGUGGGAACAUUGAGGAGUGACAUGAUGUGUCUCACAGAGGUAAAAUGAGGGGAGCCAUUAUCUAAGAACCCAAAAGGUUUGGCAGCAUGUGAGCUCCCUGCAUGGCACAGGCAUGUUCCACCUAGGGCUGCGCAGAGAGCCUUUACUAAAGCAAGGGGACAAGAGAGCUGGGGCUGUCUGGGAGAGGCAGUCAGGCAGAUCCCCCAGGGUGCUCACACGUGGGUCAGUCUGGUCACAAGAAAUGCAUUUGACCUGUACUGACCGUGGCUGGCUGCUGUGCGUGGAAUGGAUGUGGUCUGUGUGGGAAACAGGGCUUUGAGAGGGAUGUGGAAGAGGCUCAGGUUUCAGCAUCGUGACUCAUUUUCCCAGUGGUUGACCAAAGCGAGGGGGAGGUGUGAUGGGAAGCUGUGAUGAGAAGUACUCCUGCUAUCUUUCUCCCUAUCAAGAAAUGUCAAGGACUGAAAACAAACAUCACCAGAAGUCUGAAGUUCAAAAAACCUGAAUCACAGCACGGCUACCAAAGCAUAUGACUUCUCCCACAGGUCAUUCUUGCAAAUAUGGAUUUUUCAUCUAGUUUGCAAUGAAGCAUUUGGUGUGUUUUCAAAACGCAGAAGAUUUUGGACACCGUCUGGUCUCACACAGUAUUUGUUCAUGUAGCUGGCUGUGAAGAGAGACAUCUUGGCUAGUGAGGCUGGCUCUGGCAGCGUUGUCUCAGGGCAGGAGCUGUGAGAAUUGCAUCACCCUGCCUAGUUUGAUACAAGGUUUUUGGCUUGGAUGUGCAUAAUAUGCCUACAUUUUAAAAUGAAGUGAAAGUCAGUUAUAAAAUAAAAAAAACAUACAAAAGCCAUUAGUGGGAGAAGAGAUGCUGCCAAAACAUUGUGCUCUGGUUGCUCUCCAGUAUUCUUGCCUCAUUUGCACCCCCAAGACAAAAUUCCAGGUGCUUCCCUAGUGGAAGGAGGCACACUACAUGACCCCAAAGGCUCGUUUCCAUUGUUGAAAGCACAGGCCAAGCAACAUUUCUGUUGUUUUUUUCUAGGUCUUCAGGUAUUUCCAGUGAUGACUAGUCUGCUCAGUCUGUUGCUACCUCCUCCCUUUGCUCAAGGUGCCCUUGCUGACAGUUUUGGCAUUGUCACGCUUGGGUGCCUGCAGAAGGCACCGUUGUGUUCAACAUGCUUGUGCUGCUUUUGUACUUGAGCAUAAAUAAGAAAUUCUCCCACUAAAUAAACAGGGUUUGUCAGGCAAAAUGGUUUGUCCUCAGCACUAGGUCUGAGUACUAGGUUCCUUCUACUCUUUGUGUCAAACCUGAUCAGUUGAUUAGAGCUGUUUCUGAUUUAUGAUUGAAAGGGUGAAAUGAAAAUAGGAUCUUGUUGAUGAAGAAGAUUCAAAUGAACAUUUGAACAAAUUAAUAAAGGCCAAAGAAACUAGAGAAGCAAAACCAGGCACUAAUUCUUUAUAUGAGCAGUGCUAAACAAAAAAUACACAAAGUAAAUGUGUAUGUGUUUUGUGUUUUUGUGGGGUUUCAUAUCUCAGCCUACUGUCUGGAAACUUUUAAUAUUAUUCUCCUACAAGUUUCUUGACAAUGAAAGGUAACUGUGGGAUGCUUAUGAUCAAGCUGCUGCUGUAUUAUUGUGCUGUUGUAUUUUGGGAGAGCAGAUUGCUUGCUACACCUGGGUUUUCUGUUCCUUUCCAGCCCUCCCACUCUAAAACCAAUGCACAUCACAUCAAGUGGCUUUCAAAAUUAUAAGCUCAUCACUAGAUCCUCUUUUCACUGUCCUACUCAGUUCAACUUUUGAGAACAAUAGCAAAUGUAUUUUUAAAGGCUGAAGAUGCUGCAGUACCAUAAGCACAGGCAGAAGUAAUUAUUGAUUGGUUUGAGAACUGGAGCCAUUGUAAGGUAACAGAUAUGCUGCUGUAUUUAAGAUGAAAAGUUUUUCUUCAAGUAGAAAUUGUGUUAUGUUCUUGGACUAUUAAAUACACUCUUGAUUCAGAAAUGCACAAAGCACUAUUUGUGCCACUUAAAGUUCACAUGGAAAAGCUGAAUCAUCCAAGCCAUCUGAAUGAUGCACACUCUUUGGUAGUUGUUUUCUUCAUCAGGCAGCUGGUGAUCUCUCUUCCUGUAUUCAGGGCUUGGGUGGGGGAGGAAAAAAGGAAGAAAGGAGUCUCCAGGGUGGGGGGAGAAGCUAUUGCUUCAUGUGUGCAAACUUUAUGGUUUUCCUGAGAGCUCUAAAUUUGUGCUUUUCCAUUGAGCUUUGAAACCAUUCAUGGAAGCUGAUGGCAAUAUUCUUGUUCCUUUGCGUCAGAAGGCAAAAAAGAAAAGUCAAGGGUUCUUUAUAAUGAGCCGACGGAGGAUAUCGUGCAAAGAGCUGGGGCAAGCCGAUUGCCAAGGAUGGCUCUACAAAAAGAAGGAAAAAGGAGCUUUCAUUGGCAACAAAUGGAAAAAGUUCUGGUGUGUGCUAAAGGAGUCAUCACUGUAUUGGUACAGCAGUCAGCUGGCUGAAAAAGCAGAAGGAUUUAUAAGACUUCCAGACUUCAGUGUGGAUCGAGCAAUUGAAUGCAAAAAAAAGCAUGCUAUUAAGAUCAGCCACCCACAGAUCAAGACAUUUUAUUUUGCGGCAGAAAAUGUUCUGGAAAUGAACACGUGGCUAAGUAAGCUGGGAAUGGCUGUAGACCCUCAGGCACCAAACAGGAAGAAUGAGGAAGAAUGCUACAGUGAAAGUGAGCAUGAUGACCCAGAAAUAACAGACACGCCACCUCCACCCUACACAGUCCAGACCCCACCUCCUCCUUCGGAUCAGCAGAAGUCAUCAUUCACCUCAACUCUAUCAAGUGAAGCAUCUUGCUCUCUCUCCUCUCCUGAAAGCACUUUCAAUUCCCAAGAAUCAUCAUCUUCCUUGACAUCCAAAGUGGUUUAUUCCGAGAGGCAGUCCUGGCUUGACCUGGUGAACAGCUCUGCCACGGAAGAGGGUGAUCAGCCUUUAACGUUCUGCGUACAGAUCCAUUCUGACGAGGCGCCACAAGUGGUCUGUGCAGAUGCAGCAGAAAGCCAGGAAGUGCAGCUUUCCCAAGCCAAUGGUGGAUCCCAAACCUCUUACCUAAGUGCAGAUACACAUUGUCUAGCUGUGCCAGAUGCAGCAGGACAGCGAUCACCAGCCAGAGACCAGGAAAAGUGUGAUGAUGAUGAUGAGAUGGAGCGACUUUACAAGUCAUUGGAGCAAGCAAGCCUGUCUCCCAUCGGUGAUCGUCGACUGUCAACUAAGAAGGAGCUUAGGAAGUCAUUUAUCAAGCGCAGCAAAAACCCCUCCAUUAAUGAGAAACUCCACAAAAUUCGAAUGCUGAACAGUACAUUAAAGUGUAAGGAACAUGACCUGGCCACAAUUAACCAGUUGCUAGAGGACCCAAAGCUGACAGCGGUGAAGUACAGAGAGUGGAGGAGCACAAACAUCAUGCUGGUCCAAGAUAUUUAUCAGCAGCAGGAGAUCCAGGACACAUCCACAGAGAAUAGUGAAGAGCAAGAAAUGACUCCACGGCCAGUCACUGAAAGUGCUAUUUGAUCAAGGGCACACGACAAGAUUUUUCUGCACGGGUCUUCAUGUACAAGCGAUUUAAGCUGCUGUAUCUUGAGGUUUGUUUUUCGCAAGUGUGCUUAAAAGGAAAACAACCUAGUCUCCAAAGUUUUAAAUGUUCUUGCAGAGCUCAUUUAAUGUCAAAUGGGCAAGUUCCCCAAACUUGCCCAAGUUGCCUAAAAAUCACGCCUGAAUGUGGCCUGCAUAUGUAAGAAGACUAUUUAACAAAGCAGCAAAGAAGCAUUUUUCAGUUUUUGGAGAAGAAAAUUAUAAGUGUCUAGCUCCUGAAGGAUGCAGAACUAUGUAAUAUCUAGUGUAUAAAUAUGAGAUCCUUGGGAUUGUUUUAACCAUACACCUUACCUUGAAAUGAAGCUAAACUGAUCCCAACAGGAUGUAGCCUACUCUACCUUUUUAUCCUCUAUGGUAACCUGACGUAUUAGUUUUCAUCUCUGUACCCAUUUACUUUCACCACUCAACCACUUUAAAUGGAGACAAAUGGAAGAGCAAUUGUGCAUGAGUUGAUAAUGUUGACAGCUGCCAGGCACCCAGUUUGGGCUCUGCCUGAUGUUUUAUGAGUUUGAAAUUUAUUUAUGGUCCAGACCAAGAAGGUACUGUCUUUCUACAAGAAGAAGAGGUCUCUAAGUUUUUGCUAACAUGUAAUUUACUCUUCAGUGAGACAAAAUUCAACUUUUCUUAUGGACUUGGCAGAAUUCCUUGGAAGAAUUAUGUUCUUCUUUCUUUUUUUGGCAACUGGGAGUAUAUAAGGUACAAGUUGAUCCCAGAGUCCAACUUAAGGAAGGUGAUCAUAUUCACAAGCCAGAAACUAAAUGACUCAACUCCUAAUGUGGACCUAGAAGUGUAAAACAAAGCUGCAAAUAUUUUUGUAAAUAUAUGUAAUUUUAUUACUUAUAUGAAUGUGACUAUGUACUGUAUAGAUGUUUUAUUUAUAUAUUUAUAUAUGCUGAAUUUCCUAAUAUAAAUAGGCACAUGUGGACCAAGCCCACUCAGCUGGGAGUGCUUACAGAUUGACUUGAAAUGCCUCUUUAUUUUCUGUUCCAUUAUAGAUCACAGUAAUCGCUCUGCAGCUGAGACUACCCUGAGGCAUAUGCUGUGGCUCUUUCUUCUGCUUUUCUAGCUUUGAGUUUUAGAUGAAGAAAAUCUGUACAACUUAGGGCCUGAAAAAAGUUUUCUGAGAGUUUGAAGAGUUCCAUUUGAGGGGAAAAAAAUAAGAGGUUUUGCUGCAGGAUCAUGACUUUUUGGGUUCAUUGUCCUCAAUAAAAGGUUUUAGGCUUUUGCCUUCCUCUCUUCUGCAAUAUAAGGAAUUUUGCAGAGUGCUGAAUUUUGAAAAGCAGGAAUUAGUCCACCAUUCCCAAAUAAAUGUCACUACAGGAACUGUGACAAUCUGCACUUCUGUUGAUAUUUCAUGAGGAUAUUCUUUGUCAUUAGUUUUCAAUACAGUUUAUCUUUUAAAGCAAAAUACACUAUAGACAUGCAGCCAUAUUCACCUCUCUUUAUACAUUUUAUGUUUUAUCAUAGCUUGAUUGACAAAACAAAAGAUAAUGGUGUUAGUGGGAACAUAUGAAAUCUUUUCCACCUGUGUAGUGAUUUGUUUGAGUAUUGAUAUUGCACUUUUAAUACUCAACAGCUUUUCUUUUAAAAUAAAGGCAAGGAAAUAGAUGAAAAUGACUAAAUGGGGAAGCAGACACAAAAUCCUGGAUGGUUAAAAAGGUAUUCUUUUCAGGAAAUCAUCAUAUGAAUGGUGAUUCCAUCACUUCACUAAUUCUAAUUAGAAGUUAAGCAAGCUAAAUACCUGCUGCAAUUUGGUUUAGAGUAACUGCAUCUUAAAAUGGAGCCCAUUUUUAGGUUGCCUUUUUUGUUCUUCUUUUUGUUUUUUGGCUUUUUUUUAAUAAUUUUUCCACCAUUCCCAUUGAAAUGCUGUCAAUUAACUCCUGAGAACACCCUGAAAAUUAGGAGUGUAGGGAUUUAUCUUCUUGGUCCAUUUAAUUUUUAACUACCGGGUGCUAAGUAAUGGAUAAAUAUUGGAGGACAAAUUGCAUGUUCUAUCACACAUGUGAGUUUCUCACGAAAUAAGGCAGGUAAACACUGUUUUCCUUCAAAAUCAUCUUCACUCAGAUGCUGAAAAGAAGCACAUGCUUAAGUGGCCUAUUGAGCUGGGCCAGACAAGUCAGUGCUUUGCAGUUCUGAGCAAAGUCUGGGUCAACUCCAUUUGCUGAAGUAAAUUUGCUGUAUGCAAAGAAAAGCCUAUGCGGCCUGUACAUGCUGUGUUGGCUCUUUUCACACUGCACUUGUGUAAAUACAGACAAAACAGCUUUCCCAAAUCUAGAGACAAAGAGAUGCCCUUGGACUGCCCAAACUCCACUAUUGGUUUUGACAGAUUACAUAGCCUGAAAUUGCUUUUAAAUUACUCUCUUUUAGAUGGUCAGUAGAUACUUAUUGUUGAACUAUUGAGGUUUUGGAGACCUACUAAGCAUGGGCUCUAUCACUGCUUAGAAAAGAAUAGAAAAUUCUUGAAUGGGGUUACUUUAAUCCCAGUUAUAACUUUAACAAAUUUCUUUGUUCAGGAAAGCAAAUGCAUGUAUGGGUUUUAUGCACUGUGCAGGAAGUCUAACUCCACUCCCUUCAGCUACUACUUAGACUCAAAAUAAUGGAAAGCGUGGAAAAUGCAAAGUGAAAAUUGCAGUGAAACAGGAUUAAUUUUCUGGCAUUGCUAAUUACUGUGACAGUUUUUGCCUGGGUUUAUCACAAGGGGCUGCCCAGCAGCAUGAAAGCCAUAAUCAGAGACAGAAUUACGCACGAGCUGACAGCUACAGCGGGGAGCUGCCUCAACAGGAGAAAUUUGGACAAGUCUGUGCCCUGCUCAGUGAUGCUUGGAGUAACUGGUAUUUCUUGGUCUGGAUUUGGAAGACCUGCACUAUUGACUCACAGCAUAGGGAGCUGGGCAUCCCUAGUGUGUGAAUGUCAAGAAGUUUUUAACCAUCUGUGUCAAGGGACAUGUUUUGUACACUUUUUUGGGAGAUAGUGUGUGUGUGUGGAUAUGUGCACAUGCACAAUUUUUCUUGUCAGUAAAGCCAGUUGGUGCAGGAAGUCCAGCAAUGGGGAUUUUGGAAUUCCUGGUAGUAAUACCUGAUUUCAACUGUUUCUGCAGCUAUUCUGGGAAUUGAAUCUCUCUGUUCUGGUGGUGUACAUCUCAUGAGAUACCAGAAUGAGAUGGGAUCAUGUUUCCUUUCCUAUGAUGGAAGAGAUUCCAUGUGGGGAUUGUGAAUAUUUUUACAACUAGCUCUGAUGAUUCAAUCAAUACUAGGGUUUCACCUUGUCAUGGUUUUAAGUGCAGCUGGAGAUGAAACACCAUGCAGUUGUUUGCUCAGCCCCCCUCUCUUUUCGUUCCCCAUCCCUGUGUAAUGGGGAACAGAAUUGAAGUAAAAAUUGUAGACUGAGACAAGAAUGGCUUUAUAAUUUAAAAUAAAGUAAAAUAAAACAGUAAUGGUAAAUAAUAAUAAUAAUAAAAAAGGAAAGAAACCCAAGCAAGUGAUGUUCAAUGCAAUUGCUCACCACCCACUGACCUGCCAGACCCCUCUUCCCAAAGCCAGAUCAGGCCCCCCUCCCAAGUAGCUCCCCGUGAUUUAUUUACCUGGCAUGAUGUUCUGCAAUGUGGAAUAUCCCUUUGGUCAGUUUGGGUCCUCUGUCCCAGCUAUGCUCCCUGCCAGUUUAGUUUUUUGUGUAUUUCCCCACUGGCAGAGUACGGGACAAGGAAAAAUAUCCUUGACUUGGGAUAAAACAGGGCUUAGCAGAAAACAAAACACCAGUGUGUUAACAAUGCCAUUCCCAUUCUGAAUCCAAAACAUAGCACUGUAACAGAUACUAAAGCAGAAAUUAACUAUACCCUAACUGAUACCAGGAAUAAACAGGAAUAAAUAAUGUGCUGCUUCUCUUUUCUUGCAAAUCAUUUGAAUUUUGGAGGAUACCAUCAUAUUGAGAGAAAAGACUGGUGUGGGGCAGUCAAGGAGGGAGGGGAAGAAAAAACAUGGUAUUUGAUUUAAAACUCAGUGGAAAUUGAGAAUUUAAAAUUAUUUCUAACUUGAAAAAAUUAUGGGUGUGUUACACCUAUUGUGUAAGCCUGUAAGCUUACAUGUCUAUUACAGAUUUAUAUGAAUCUGAUAAUAUGAAAACCUGUAUUUUUAAACUUUUCAAGUAGCAAAGGAACCAAUGAAAGCAUAAUUUUAUGAGGGGAACUGCAUGUACUGUGUUUGGUUUUUGGGCUUUGGCCUUUUUUUUACUAUUUUGCUUGUUUAGUCCUACAAAAGUAGCCAAUUGUAACCAAUUGUACCCAAGUGAGGGCCUGAGUUUACUUCACUUACAUGAGACAUGUCUUUGGGCUAACAGGAAGCCAAAGUGGUUUUCUUGUAGUAGUGGAGCCAAAGUGGAAUUUCCUGUUUUAUGUCAGGCAUCCAAAGCAGCAGACAUUUUAAGAUGUCAGUGAGCAUUUCCUUGAUGCUUGAGGAUUUAUCCCAUUUUCAUUUGCUUCAAGCUGCAACAUUAUAGCAUUUUUUAAAAAUGGCAUUUAUUCUGAACUGAAAUAAAAUUUGAGGUGAAAAAAGAAAAAUAGAACAGAAAAAAAGCUUGGAGCUAAGAUCAUGCUGAAAUUCACAUCUCUGCAUAGGGUAGUAGGAGCUGAGCUUGCCAAAAGCUAAGCAUUUCAACAUUAAAAAAAUUGUAAGGUGUUGAAAAGAGUACUACAUUCCUUGAAAUUUGCUAUGGGAGAAGUUCCAAGACCUGUCUGCUCUGGAAAAAUGAAUAUUUUCCUAAUUUAUUUCCUCCUGAUAAAAAUCCAAAGUGAGUGUUUUUUAUAAGAUGGCAGCAAGUUAAAGAUGAAAUAUGCAUGUAAUUCAUUGAUAGCUCAACAGCCUUGAUGUAUGAUCUGGAAAUGGUUGACUUUAGAUGACUCAGCCUGUACCACUCAGCCUGUAGAAUCCAUUUCUUUGGAAAGCAUUGUAGCUACCAAUGUCUGAGGCUUAUGCACCCCAUCUCGUCCACAUGAGGUCCAUUUUGAAGAUGUAGGUGAAUGGCUUUUCUAUAGGGCAAAUAGUUUGUGUCCUCAUGCCAUAGCUUAGGAACCACUCCCUGUGUCCUAGAUGCCUUAGGACCUGCCCAAAUUACUCUGACUCUUGAAGCUGCUUAUGGCAGUUUUAUCUUCUCCCAGCCAAAAAUAAAUAGAGGCUAUGAAAGUCCAUCUCCCACUCCCACAUGAAUUAAAACCAGCACUAGUCUAGCAGAGAUUUAUGGAAGUCGCCUUAUUUAUGAGUGUUUACCAAACUAGCUCACCUGGUGAAAAGCCAUUUGUGCAUACAAACAGCAGUGCUCUUGUGCCAAGCUUUCAGUGCUGGGGGCUGGCCCAAAGGAAAUAUGGAUGUGUCUGUCCCACUGUGCUCUGUGUAGAGAGGAAAAGUCAUGCACAGAAGAAGAUUUACCAGGACUUCUAUCAGGCAGUGGCAGAGCCUGCAGCACCACAAAAGUACAUGGGAUCCAGAUUCAGUAUUUUAUCUGCUGAGUCUUUUUUUUUUUUUUCUUCACUGGUUUAAAACUCACAGCACAAUGUUGGCACUCAGCGCUGCCUUUUUACUGCUUGUUGCCUACACGUGUGAAUUGAUUUUCAUGGAAUGAUACACACAUCUUGCAGAAUGAGAGCCUUAUGUUUGCACUUGUCAAUUAAACACUGAAAUGAGAGAAUAUUUUGCUCA